AUGACACGAGCCAGUGUUGCAACGCCGACAACAACAACGCCAUCUACAAAACUAAUGCAAACAACAAGUGCCUCAGUAGCAGCAGCUAGAAAUAGGAAAGCGCUCAUAAAUUUGCGCGCCAACAGCAGUGGUAGCGGUAAGAGCAACAACAAUAACACAAACAACCAGGCAAUCGCAGGGCAAAGUAAAUAUUUGACAUGGUACAAAAUAGUGAGCGAACACAACAACAACAACAACAACAACGACAAGGACAAUUACACAAACAAAUCAAACAACUACAACGAAAGUUACAACAGCAAAAGCGACAUUGCAGCAGCGACAGCGACAACGAGGCGCAACGAACAAAUUGGAAACGUAGACGGAAACGCCGGCGGAAACGGAAGCGUUCGGGUAGCGCAUACGGGAAAUGCCAAUAAAAGUAGAAUAAAAAAAAACGAAAAUAGUUACUACAGUGUAAAUAAAUUUGUGUUAGCAACAAAUGAACGGCGCUCUGUUGGCAGGCGUCAUGUAAAUAGGAGCCUUGUAAAUAGUGUAAAUAAGAAUAAAAAUAGGCAUAAAAGUAAGAAUAGAAGCCAUGCCAGCGGCCACAGUUUCCAAGUGGAAGCAGAAAUAGAAAAGGGCAAAGCGUUUGCAAAUAUCACGCGCCUACAAUUCGAUCGCCAGAGGCAGUUCAGUGUAAGUUAUUACAAUAAAAGUGUUAGUGCUGGUGUUGUGUCGGCGAGUGUAAAAAAUAUUUCGCAAAAUGUUAUCGAUAAUCAAGAGGCGGCAAUAUUUUCGGGUAGUUUUUCUUCACGUGCGCAAAUUUCUACUCAUGACAAACAGCAGUCACUCACAAUAAAUAAUAGUGCAACAAUUGCCGCUACGACAACGACUACAACUGAAAGCAUACGGCUCGAUUACAUUGUGAUUACCGAUUACAAUCGUCCACGCAAGCGCACUUUCUGGCAGAAAUACGGUGAGUAG